AUGGAAAGGUAUAAAUUAUUUGUUAAUGAAAUAAAAGAAGAAAAUGAAAAGAUCGUUAAAAAAAUAAUAUAUGUAAACAAUAAAAUAAAAUAUAAAGAAAGCAAUGAUAAUAAAGUAUCCUAUAAUAAUUAUUUUAUAAAAAGUUAUGAAGAUGAGAAAAAAGAUAAUGUGUAUAAAUAUUUUAAAUAUAAAAUAAUUUUUAGUAAAAAAAAGAAAAGAUAUUUAAAUGACACCUUCCCAUAUUUCGAUAUAUAUAAAAAUACAAAUGAUGCUUUUAGGAAUAAUUUAAAUGGAUAUAAAAUAUUUGAGAUAUUAAAAAGUUAUGAUGAACUCGAAAUUUUUAAUUUCUGUAGUAAAAAUAAAUUAAAAAACAUAUCAUAUAUAUAUCAUCAUUUCAUUCAAAUUAUAAUAAACAAAAGAGAUUUAUAUAAUAUCAAUCAUUUAUUAUUGUUAACAGAAAAUAUACGUAAAUUAAAUUUUUAUCAUCCAUAUUUUUGUAAAGUAAUAUGUAGAGAAGUAUGCUUAGACAUUUAUAAAAUUAAAAACCUUAAACAAAUAACAUCUUUUAUUAAUUUCUUAAUGCAUUUUAAUAUCUUCAAUUUUUAUUAUUUAAAUAAAAUUUAUAAAUAUGUUAUCUAUUUGAUUACUACUACGAAUAAAUGGGACCAACUCAUGGAUACACACAUAAACAAUAAUGUAUAUUAUAAUAUAGAUAUGAAUAUACAAAACCAACAGCAAAACAUUUCAAAUAUAAAACAAAACAAUUUACAAUAUGAUCAACAUAAUCAAAAUGAAUAUGAACACCUUCCUAUAUAUCCUGAUGAUAUAUCUAUAUUAUUAAAAUCUUUUUUAAAAUAUAAAUAUUUUCAUAUAUCUUUAUUAAAGUUAUUGAUGUAUAUAUGUAAUAAUAAAAGUUAUCCUCAACUAAGAGAUAGCUCACACACAUUAUUUAUGCUAUCAUCCCUUUCGAAUUAUUAUUAUUUUAUAAACAAAAAUUAUUACUCUAAUGUAUUCUUUAAAUUAUUUAAAAAUAUUAUUAAUGAAAAAAGAACAAAACACAACGAUUUGGUCUUAAUACUAAAAGGUUUUUAUAAUAUAUGUAAAACGUUUAAUAGUAAUAAUAUUUCGAUUACUCAAUUGUAUAACACGAUUCUUAAAAAUUAUAAUUUAUCAAAUGAAUUUGAUCAUAAUAUAAAAGAGCAUAAUCAUGUAAUUCAUGAAUAUGGCUCCUCCUUGAUAUUGAAUAAUUCUAAGAGAGGAAAAAAAAAUAAAAAUAAAAAUAAAAUAAAACAUAAAAAAAAAAUAAAACAUAAAAAUGUAAAUGUAAAUGAAAAUAAUGUGAAUAAUAUGAAUAAUAUACAUAAUAACAAUGUACAUAUUAUGGAAACACAAAACGUAAUCACCUUACAGCCUUUUAAUAAUCACAUACAAAAUAGUAAUUUAAAAAAAUUAAAUAUAAAUAACCCUGAUUUAAUUAUAUACUGUAUGAAUCAUACAAAGAAACAAUGUUUUAACAACAUAUUUGAUACCAUCAAAUAUAUCAUAUUAUUUAUAGAAUUAAAAAUAAUUGAACAAUUCCCUUUAAAAAAAUAUAUGAAUAUAGCUGAAAUUGAAUUUCUUAAAAGGAGGAAUUUUGAAAGAGAUAAGGAAAAAAAUGUAUACAAAUAUAUUUCACAAAAUAUAAGUGAAGAACAAAAUCAAUUUAUUCAAUCAUUAUUAACACGAAAUAAAAAAGAAAAUUCUCAAUUUGAUGAUUCAAACAUGAAUUUUUUAUUUUACAUGAAUUAUUUAAAUAAAAGAGAUUUUAAAAAUUUUCAAAAUGAAUGUGAGCCUACAAAUGAACCUACUGAUAAAAUUAUUGAAAAACAUAUUCAGGAUAAUCAACAAAAAAAAAAUGAAAAUACAAUAAAUCAAGGAACACAUAUACAUUAUGAAAAGAAAACAACAAAUAUAACAUCUGAAGAUAUAAAUAAUUAUCUGAAGAACAAAUCAAGUGUUAAAUUUAACUUAAGCGAUUCAACAUAUUUUUCUCAUAUAUAUUUUAAUUUGUCUUCUAUGCAGUUAACCAAGGAAGAGGAAAAUAUACUAAACAACAGUUUUAAAGAAUUAUUAAAAUUUAAGGACUGUUUACAAGAACUAGACGUGAAUGAUGUUGCUGACUUAUUCUAUUCUUUAACAAUUUUUCAAAUAUUGCAAGGGUAUCCAAAAGGUACCAUUAUUAAAAAUAAAUUUGGAUAUUCCAAAGUUCAGCAAAAUGAAGAAAAUGAAAAAAUAUAUAAAAUAUUGUCAAACAUUAUAAUUAAAAAAAGUAUUAACAUAAAAGAAGAAAAUAUUUAUAAAAUAAUUUUGAGUUGUGCAAAUUCUGCUUACUCGGAUGUUUACUUGAAUUAUUACUUGAAAAAUUUUAAUAGAUAUAUAAAGUUUAGCAAAAUGAGAAAAUUUAUCAAUUGCUAA